AUGGACGACGGUGGAGAUCUGCAACAGGAAAUCCUCAAGAAGACGCUGCAGGAGGUAGCCCAUGAGGAUGAAAAUGGCGCCGCCAAUCCCUGCGUCAUAUGUCUAGAUACCAUCACUGAGCCCGGAGUCACAAUACCAUGCAAGCAUGCCAACUUCGACUUUCUGUGUCUUGUUAGCUGGCUGGAACAGCGUCCUUCUUGUCCUCUUUGCAAAAGUGAAAUCACUGCAGUGAAGUAUGACCUCCAAGCAGCGGCAGGUCCAAAGAUUUAUCGCCUCCCCAAGCAACUCAAACCACCAUCAACAACUGCUGCUUCGCAGCCGUCACAGCCCGAUUUCGCUCGAUUUCUCGAACGCCAUGGUCCCCGUCCGCGAAGGCGCGUUCCGCGUCCCAGAGCCCCGGAGCCAGAUGACCCGUUGAUACGACGACGACAGGUAUACCGCCACCAGCUCUUUUCUCUACGCGUCGGCUCGAACCGGCUAUCUAAAUAUCGGGAGCUUACACCCCAACUAUUUAACGAAGACGAAGAACUUGUCUCACGGGCCCGGAAAUGGAUCAGGCGGGAAUUGCAAGUCUUUAGUUUCUUAAAUCCUGACGGAGAGGAUAGUGGUACACAGAGAGUUGGACGGGCAGGAGAACAGAGGCUCUCGUCGCGCAGGGCAAACAAUGCAGAGUUCCUGCUGGAAUAUAUCAUUGCAAUACUGCGGACAGUCGAUAUAAAGGGCAGUGCGGGCCAGGCGGAGGAAUUACUCCAGGAAUUCAUAGGCAGGGACAAUGCUCGAUUAUUCCUGCACGAGCUACAAGCGUGGCUACGAAGUCCUUACACCUCUCUGCAGGAUUGGGACCGGAAUGUACAAUAUGGGGAUACUAUAGGCCAAGCCGGGCCUUCGACUGCCAGUUCAGAACGCAGCAGUACUGCAUCUUCUCGCGCCUCAUCGACUCCUGUUGGCAGACAAAGAAGUGGCUCCCAAUCUUCACGAGUAUCAAAGCCCCAAUCUCCUCGAAAUCGACGGAGUGCUUCCCGUGAAGCGCUUGCCCGGGCCAGGAGACUACAGUCGGCGCGGGAGCGGUAUCAGCCCGACUAG